CCCUGUUGGCUCUCGCUGCAGUUUGCGUGCUGACGCUGACGCAAUAUGGGGGCUACUCGACCCGACCCCAAUCGAGAGGGGAUAUGCCCACAAACUGCAGCUCCCAGCCCUCGCCUUGUCUCGAGUGGAAGCUCCAGUGUCGAUAAACAUAAUGGGCUCAGGUCGGCCCGAACAUGGCCCCCCCUGGGCCCAGCCAGAGUAUUUAUGGCGGCCGUUUCCGCUGCCAAUGCUGAUAGUGCCCGCGAGCCAGCCUAGCUCUCUCGGUCGUCAUCCUUGGCUUGCCUGAUCCAACGACCGCCAUGCAUCUCCGCACGAGCACCCUGGCCGCCGGCCUCGCGGCUGUCCUGCCCGUGGCCGCCAUCAGCCCCGAGCAGAUGCUCUCAGCGCCCCGCUACGGUACCGCCCAAGCGAACCCCUCGGGCGAGUACGCCAUCUAUACGGCCAACCAGUACUCGUUCAAGACGGCCAAGCGGACCACCUGGUGGAACCUCCUGAACCUGCAGACCGGCGCCGUCACGCGCUGGCACAACAGCACCUCGGACCUCUCCGACGUUGUCUUUGUCGGUCCCACCAACACCAGCAUCUUGUACCUCAACGGCACCAGCCUGUACUCGGCCGAUCUGCUGUCGCUCGGGUCUGCCACCAAGAUUGCCUCGCUCCCAGGGCCCUUCUCCGGCCUCAAGGUCGCACGCACGCCCUCGGGAGACGUGCGCUUCCUGGUCACCGCCAAGGCCUACCCCAACGGGACUGUUUAUGACGAGGAGACUGCCGUGGCGGCCAAGAGCACUGCCAGGAUCUACAACUCCAUCUAUCCCCGGCACUGGGAUACGUGGCUCUCACCCGAGAAGAAUGCCGUGUUUGGUGGCACUCUCAAGACAGGCAACGGCUCGUCGCUCGCCUUUGAUGGCAAGCUGACCAACUACGUGACCGGCAUCUGCAACGUCACCUGCGCCGAGAGCCCCUACGACCAAGGCGGCCCUGGCGACUACGAGCUCUCGCCCGACGGCGCCAAGGUCGCCUUCAUGACCAAGGACAUCCACCUGCCGCUGGCCAACUUCACCAGCACCCAGAUCUACCUGGUCCCCUUUGAGGGCACGGCCAAGGAUGCCGUCCCCAUCAACCCCCGCGGCGGCACCCCCUUCCCAGAAGCCGAGGGCGCCUCCUCGUCUCCCGUCUUCUCCCGCGACAGCUCCAAGCUUGCGUACCUGCAGAUGAACGGGAUCGACUACGAGUCGGACCGCACCAUCAUCUACGUUGCCGACGUCUCCAGUAGCCCGAGCUCGGGUGCUUUCAACAUCAGCAAGGUUGCCGGCGACUGGGACAGGGCUCCCGGCUCGAUCCUGUGGUCGCGUGAUGGAAAGACGCUCUUCGUCGACGCCGCCGACCUCGCUCGGAACAGGGUCUUUGCAGUCCCCGUCGGCGCCGAGGCGUCGUACAAGCCCGCCAACGUGACGAACGAGGGCGCGGUCGCCGGCUUCGAGCAGCUCCCGGACGGACGGCUGCUAGUGUCGGACUCCAAGAUUUGGUCGAGCCGCGACAUCUACAGCACCACUACUGGCGGUAGCCCCGAUGUCCGCGCCUACUUCCGCGCCAACGAGGCCGACGCGGAGCUCAAGGGCCUGGGCCCGCAGGACGUGUCCGAGUUCUACUACUCGACCAACACGUCCGAGAUCAAGCAACAGGCCUGGAUCGUGAAGCCGACGGGCUUCCAGCCUGGCAAGAAGUACCCGCUCGCCUUCAUCACGCACGGCGGCCCCCAGGGCGCGCACGCCAACUCGUGGAGCACGCGCUGGAACUUCAAGGUCUGGGCCGACCAGGGCUACGUGGUGAUCGCUCCGAACCCGACGGCCUCGACCGGCUUCGGCCAGAACCUGACGGACGCCGUGCAGGGCCGGUGGGGCAGCUACCCGUACUGGGACCUCGUGCACGCGUGGAAGUACGUCAACGAGACGCUGGACUACGUCGACACUUCGCGCGGCAUUGAAGCCGGCGCCUCGUUUGGCGGCUACAUGACCAACUGGAUGCAAGGGCACGAGAUGGGCCGCUGGUUCAAGGCGCUAGUGACGCACGACGGCAGCACCUCGACGCUGAACCAGUACGCCAGCGAGGAGCUGUGGUUCAUGAACCACGACUUCCGCGGCCAGUUCAACGAGACGGGGCUCAAGGAGGGGUCGCCGUACUACGACUGGAACCCGCUCCUGCACGUCGACAAGUGGGCGACGCCGCACUUUGUCAUCCACAACGAUCUCGACUUCCGCCUGCCCGUGUCGGAAGGCCUCCUGCUCUUCAACAUGCUGCAGGUCAAGGGCGUGCCCAGCAAGUUCCUCAACUUCCCCGAUGAGAACCACUGGGUGUUGAAGCCCGAGAACAGCCUGGUGUGGCACACAGAGAUCUUCAAAUGGAUCAACUACUACAGCGGCAUCAGCAACGCGACGAGCCCGUACUAGGGCGUGUAAUGAUUAAUGAUAGUAGCCUGUGUUUCGGGAUGUGGGUGAUAAUGCAGAAAGUGAUGCUGGAAAUGGAUCGAUCUAUCUCUCUCAAGCAACUGGGAUUUUCGCGUACUUUGGUAUGACGGGACAUGUGAUAAUUUGAGCGUCAGCGCCUACGUACUCUAGCCUUAGAUCGCCAAGAAAAAAACAUUCUCGUAAUCACGGGUACUGCUCCGGAACCGCGAGGGUGUCGACAGACCCGAG